AUGUUGGACAAUAGAUGGGUUGUGCCUUAUAACCCAUACCUUCUGCGGAUGUUCAAUUGCCACAUCAACGUUGAGGUUUGCUCUAGCAUAAAGGCCGGCAAAUAUCUUUACAAGUACAUUUACAAGGGACAUGAUAAGGCUUCUUUCAGCAUCGACCAGCCCGACGCCAAUGACAACACGCUCGACGACUGUCUUACUGAGGCUGAGCAGUGGGCGAUGUCAUGUUCUCUUAGGAGGCUCUUCGCAACCAUCUUGGUGCACUGCGAGCCAGGCGACGUGCGUGGUUUAUGGGAUAGGCACCUCGAGCCUAUGUCAGAUGACUAUCGUCGAUCACGCACGUCCCCUGACGAGGUGGAGCAGAUGGUGUUGCUAGACAUUAGGGGUAUGUUGCAGUCCAUGGGUAAAGACAUUGUUGAUUUCGCUCUUCCAAGCAUAGAUGAUGCGUUUGACCCAACCGAGGGCGAGGCAAGAGAGGUCAUCGAGGAAUCAACUGUUGAGUUUGACGUGGAUGACACUAAGUUGUCAUCUUCCCUGAACUUGGAGCAGAGGGCCGCAUACGACGAGAUACUAGCGGCUAUUGAAUGCGAUGAUGGGGGUGUAUUCUUUGUUGAUGGCCCUGGAGGUACAGGGAAGACCUUCCUAUACAGGGCGAUGCUUGCCAAGGUGAGGAGCAAGGGCAAGAUUGGUAUCGCUACCGCGACGUCGGGCGUCGCCGCUUCUAUCAUGCCUGGCGGCAGGACUGCCCACUCGAGGUUCAAGAUCCCAUUGAGUUGCGAUGAUGGAGCCUCGUGCAGCUUUACCAAGCAGAGUGGGACCGCCAAGCUGCUAAGGAUGGCCUCAUUGAUAAUAUGGGACGAGGCCAGCAUGACGAAGCGACAAGCGGUCGAGGCAUUGGACAAUAGCAUGCGCGACAUCAUGGGAAUAUGUGACCGACCCUUUGGAGGAAAGACUGUUGUUUUUGGCGGGGACUUUAGGCAGGGUAUGCGGCGGCUUCGGCUCAUCACCAACAUGAGGGCUCAUAAUGACAGGUGGUUUGCAGAUUACUUGCUAAGGGUCGGCAAUGGCACUGAGGAUGUCGACGAUCAAGGGAACAUACUACUCCCUGAAGAUAUUUGUCUGCCGUCUACAGGCGAGGUUGACGACCUGGAGAAACUUAUUGACCAUGACAACGUCGACAAGAUAAACAUCCGCAUGAUAGAGCGUUUUCAUGGAGAUGAAGUAAUCUACCAUAGCUUUGACAGUGCGGAGGACGACCCAUAUGGCUACUACGCUCAGGAGUUUCUGAAUGGAUUGACUCCUAAUGGUCUUCCUCCGCAUGCACUCAAGCUAAAGCUGAACUGCCAUGUCAUACUUCUAAGGAACAUUGAUCCAGCUAAUGGACUGUGUAACGGCACUAGGCUUGUUGUUAGAGGUUUUGAGAGGAACACCAUUGAUGCAGAAAUCGUGAUUGGACAACACGCUGGUAGGAGGGUCUUCCUUCCUCGAAUACCUCUCUGCCCAUCUGAAAACGGCAUGUUUCCGUUCAAGUUUAAGAGAAAGCAAUUUCCUAUAAGGCUUAGCUUUGCUAUGACCAUUAACAAGGCUCAAGGGCAGACCAUCCCGAUUGUUGGUGUCUACCUACCCAAUCCCGUGUUCUCUCAUGGUCAGCUCUAUGUUGCUUUGUCUCGAGCCACCGCGAAGAGAAACAUAAAGAUACUCAUUCAGAAGGAGAAGCCGAAGGAGAAGGCCAACAAGCUAAAGGACAAUCCAAAGAAGCGAAAAAGACCGAUUGUGUCCUUACUGACCUCGAUGAAGAACAUCGUCUACAAGGAAGUCCUUACAGGCUGA